AGAUUAUAUCCCCGGACGCUUGAUUCAGAAUCAACUGGCUCUUGGAUCUUUAUAGCCAUUUUUCGUAUCGACCAAUUCUCUUUUAUUGAAUUUUCCGUUUUCGGUCUCGAGGAGUUUUGAAGGAUAUUUUUUCUCUUUUCUCUCGAGAGGAAAACAAAAACAUACUUGAAGUCAAUAUUGGUGAUUUUCAAAGACAAUUACAUCGCGGUCUGUGCUAUCGGCAUCAUCUGUGUGCGAAAACCUUCGCUCCCUGAGACGAUGCUGUAGUCAAUACACCGCCCAACACAGUCUUACGUUUCUGCGAAAAUUGCAAAUUAAUUUGGUAAAAGUUUCCGAUGUUGUAAAAAUUGGUGGAAUGGGAAUUCUGCAUCGGUCUCCUUGAUCCCGGGUAAUGGUGUAUUGAACACGUUUCCAGGAGCUCAGAGGAAGAGAAAUUCGAUGAAAUGGAAACUUCACUCGAUAUUUUGAUUGGAAAAACAAACAUUUCUUUUGAGGCUGCAUCAUAAGUUUUCUGAAUUCUCCAAUAUUGAGCCUUUCCUUUAUUGCUAUAUGCCGUGAGACGGGCGCAGAUGUCUCAGGAAAAAGUUGAUAUUAACGUUUUUGGUGUAUUGGAAAUCUUUAUUUUUAACCCAUUUAUGUUUGGCUGCACAAUGGGCACACUAGCUUCUGCUAAUGACUGGAAGUUUUAAGUUUCAAAGUCUUGAAGAAAAAAUUAUCGUUUUGUCUUUCCUACAAAUUAUUACCUAGGAGACGGGAGGCGUUAAUUGUAUCGAUUUCAUAUUUUCUGUUUGCGAAACUUCUCGGAACUGUAGAAAUUCAAAGUGACACUGAGACGGAAAGAUUUAUUUAAGCCGGUUAUGUACGGCGCUGGUUCCACGUACAUCUGGGAUCAAGAUUUCGACAUUAAUUAAGACCGGACCAGUCCAAAAUCGAUCACGGAGGCUGGGGCUUGUUGAGACAUUGUAUCGAACGCUUUUGGGAGAAGCAGCACCAAGUUUUGUGUGAUACUAUUGAAGACUGGUUUCUUUGAAAGUCUGGGAAUACACGCCGCGCGCUCCCUCGCUGAUUGCCGGAACCACUGCUGGGAAUAAUUGUGGGAUAUAGGAUACACAAUUGUGGUAGCCAGGAUUGUUGCAAUUUAAAGAGAACUUGUGAAGAGCCUUUAAAACCUUGUUUUUCAUGAUUCGUUUUAAAUGAUGUUAUUACGGGCCUAUUCAGACUAAUUCUACCAACAGACAUGCGCAGACAAAUGUUAAAGAAUUAUCUAAAUUUUGUGUAUUGAGUUGGCAGCUAAAUUCUCUUUUUCUCGGUUGGAAUGUGUGUUGAUAUCUGUGAACCAAAGUGAACUCCCGGAAAUAAUCAAAUCACGCUGAGUUUUGAACCCGUGUUGUGAGUCCCCGCGGAUUUAUACGAUGUCCAUCAGUAACUGCGGACAAGUGAUCUGUAAUACCCCUCUCAUUGUAUUUGGGUCGAACGACGGAAGUACCUCGUCAAAAUGCUCGAAAAACACCACAUACUGUCCCCCAGGUCACUACUAUGAGGUCUGUGACCAGGACCGUGGGGCCCGCUGUGUCCAGUGUGACUCCAAAUCUUACCAGCCGGACAAUAACGGACCGCUGGAUAAGUGUAAAACAAGGACACAAUGUAAUCGGCGCCACAUGCAGUAUGCUGACGUGGGCAGUACGAUACGAGACGCCAGCUGCCGGUGUAACCCAGGAUUCCACUUCCGGAAGGGGGACAACUCUCUCUGUAUGCCCAACAGAGUGUGCCCCGUGGGGUACGGUCAGGCGGACUAUGGGAACUGUGAGGACUGUCACAAACGUAACGCGUACUCAGACAGAGCGGACACCGUACAGAGGUGCUUGCCCCUUAAAAAUUGUGAAAAAGAGAAUCGUUGUACAAAACGCCGAAGUAACGGGACCUUCAACAAUGAAUGCGAUGUACCCACUAAAGAUAUCUCCAACUGUACGGACCCUCGGUCCACGCCUGACUCCCAGAGGUCGCUGCAGUCGGCAGUAGCAGCGCCUGUUUACGCAGGCGCAGCAGUCGGUGCCAUAAUAUUCCUUGUCCUGCUCUUCUUCCUUGUGAUGUUUUUGCUAUGGAAACGCCGGCGCGCGCAGUCCAAGGAGGAUGCGCUUUCAAGGGACCAGAUAGAAAGUCUGCUGGAGAGAAUCGUGACCAGGUCCGAGGGAGAUGAACCAUACAGCAGAAAAGUUAUCGCUGCCUCUUUCCGUGAGAUCGAGGACCGGAUAGACCGCCAGAUAUGGAAGCUUCCCCAAGAACUUUUCAGGGAGCACAUGCAGCCGGCCAUGUACGAGGUCAUCGUGGAAAAAUAUAAAGAAAAGGACCACAAGUACGCCAUCAACGGGUACCUGCAGGACUGGCGGGAGUGGAAGGGAGAGAACUCCGAGGCUAUAGCCCACCUGUUUAAGUGUCUUAGGCUGGUCGAACGGGAGGACAUCGUUUACGAGAUCUGUAACAAGUUUAGAGAAGGUUAUCCCGAGGUUGUCAUGGACGCUGAAGUCAAACUGGAUAACGGAAUCGUCAAAAAAAGAAGUCAUCAAAUUACAUUCGAAGAAUAUCUCAAAGAAACGCUCUGCUGUUGUUCGUCCAAACGAAAGCGAUACACAGAGAAAGGGGAGCCCACGGAAACACAGGACUCCCUUCUGUCCCCACAGGAAGUCAAGGCCAGGGAAGCGGAAGUCUCAGACAAGGAGAGGUUAAAUGAACCGGACGAUGUCCCGCCUUUGUCUCCCUCAGAAGCCGGUGCUAUAUAUAGAGAACGACCAAGCCCUAGUGCCCCAGUUAUCGAUGACGUAGGAAACGUUCAUGUCAUAAUUCCCAUGAAUAGAGCCUAUUCAUUUCCGGUCCAGGCGAGUUCGUGAUGGCCAUCAUUUUUGGUUUUCAUACCACGUGCAAUUUAUGGCAUUAAAUGCUUAACGUGCAAUGUCCAUUGCAUUCCGAGAUGGAAAGAAUUUACAAGUGUUCAUGGGAAAGAAAUGAUAUUGUGAGACUUGUAUGGGUGUUUGUCUUUCAUUGUAAAUGAAAGCAGUCCUGUAUGCUUCGUGAAAACUUGAAGGAACUUUCAUUUCAAUAAGAUGUCGCAAAUUUGUGAUCAAUCGGACUUCACUGCGGCUUUCAAGACUUGCGAAAUGUAUUUUGGUAUUUAAUGUAGUUGCGCAUGCUUUUGAAUUAUUGUGUGGAAGAGCUUUUUCUUAUAAAAACUGACAACGAGAUAAUGUGUAUGAUGUCAUCGGUAGAUUUAUCAUGGUUGCCGACACCCUGAAAUGAGCCUAGCUUCGUGAUAGUAUAUUUAAUGAAAAAAAAGGCUCUUUUGGAUUACAAUGGUGCGUCGAUUUAAUCAUUAUCUAAAUUACUUCUCGGUACGAUACUCAAUUACAGUAGUAAUCACGAGAUUUUUGAUACGGAAUUAUGGGUAAUGAACGAUACACGCCAUUUUGUUGUCAUGGAAAUGAUUUAUCAGUGACUGAUAUGAGACCGUUUAUUCCAUGGUCCCUCAUUAAGAUGUGUUAAAACCCUGAUCAAUGCUGUGUCCUUAGUUAUCUAUUACAGCUAACACCAGUAAGGCACGGAAACACACGUCAAAUAUUAAAUAUAGCAGCGCCAUUGUUAUCUCAACCACCUGAGAUAUCAUCAGAAGUCUCUAGAAUAUUUCCAUAAAUGCAAUAUUAUGAGAUAUUUAUUGAUAACAUGUACGUUAAACACUUGAAUUUGGUGACAAUAUGUCCUAUCUUUUUAGAUUUUACUAUUCAUACAUUGAAUAUCGUGAGUUUGGCGGAUGUAAGAGCUUUUUUCAUUGGCUGUUGUAGGAUAUCAUAGCGCUGUACAGAAUGUCAGAAAAAAGCAAACUACAGUGUGUCCAAUAUCUUUUCUAACUGUAUUAAUAAUCAAAGCCAUUUUAUUGAAGUAUGUCUACUAGCAAAAUAAAAUGUAUUUUUAAUA